UCUGAAAGUCUAGUAUCAUUCAGCGAACCCCAACCUCUCGAUUCAUUGCUUUCCAAUGGCGGGGGUCUUCUCCAACACCCUUCGCCUUCCCCACUCCCACACCGUAGCGCUCUGCUCCUCCUCCGUCCUUCCCCACCGGCGCCUUUCCACUCCUCUCCGACUUCAUCCGGCGUCUCACCGCCUCCGUGGGUUGAUCACCCGCGCCGAUCCCUCGGAUGAAACUGUUGGAGAACCCAAUGUUGUCACUGAAGAGAAAAGCGAACCUGCGACUGUAUCCCAAAGUACUGGUUUUGCUGAAUUUCCAAAUAAAGAUAUUAACCGACGAAUUGCUUUGGCAUCAACUGUUUUAGCAGUAGGAUUAUUUGUGACAACAAGACUAGAAUUUGGUGUUUCAUUGAAGGAUCUUACUGCUUAUGCUAUACCUUAUGAACAGGCUCUUUCAAAUGGAAUGCCUACUGUAGUUGAAUUUUAUGCAGAUUGGUGUGAAGUUUGUCGAGAAUUAGCUCCAGAUGUGUAUAAAAUUGAACAACAAUACAAAAAUAAAGUGAAUUUCGUUAUGUUGAAUGUUGAUAACACCAAGUGGGAGCAGGAGCUCGACGAGUUCGGUGUGGAAGGCAUCCCUCAUUUUGCCUUCCUUGAUAAAGAUGGUAAUGAAGAAGGAAAUGUUGUCGGUCGGCUUCCAAGGCAAUAUUUACUUGAAAACGUUGCAGCCCUCGCCAAUGGAGCACCGUCAGUUCCUCAUGCCCGUGUUGUAGGCCAGUAUUCGAGCACCGAAGCCAGAAAGGUGCAUCAAGUUGCUGAUCCUAGAAGUCAUGGUUAGGUGCUGUUCAGUUUCUAAAGCUCUAUCAUCAAGCAUGAUUCCAUAUAUAAGUUCUUGAUCUUUUCUCAAAUUUUUCAUUUAUGUUUAUUGUACCACACUCUGGAUGCAAAUGAUUUUUCUGCAGUUCUACAA